GACCCGACUACUCAAGUGAUAUUGCUUUAUUUGCUUACAUCGCCGCUGCGCUUCGACCACUUUUUUACGUUAAACUUUUCUGGUAUUUAAACGGGUUUACCUUUGUUAUUUUCAACGAACGCUUGGCAGUAGUUUGGCAUAAGCAGAAUAUAUCAUAUAUUGGACAUAAAGAUUCUUUUUUUUCUCUUGUCCAAGUUUUAUAAAUCAGUUGGUGAAAAGGAGGUCACGUAAAAAGUGGCUAGCGAGCGUAUAAACUUGCAUUACCCUCCGCACAGCGCACCGCACCGCCCUGCCCCGCCGCCCCGCCGCACGCCGCACGCACCGCCGCCCCGCGCACCGAUACCGACGCCCCACCGCACCGUACGCCGCACCGAUCAGUGGCACUGUCACAUGACACAGUCCACUCACGUGACAAGGCACGGUGUUUGUUUAUGUUGUUUACGAGGACAGGCCUGCUUAUACCUCGUUUACUGAUCCAAUUUAAAUCGGUGGCAUCGAGAAUAAGUCAGAGCAGGAGGAUGGCAGAAUUGACAUCAGCACAAGUGGAAGCUUUCAAAACGGGCUUUGAGUCUGACCCCAAGAACAAGUUGGCACAAAAUGUAGCCUGGAAGUUUGACCCACUGGAGGUGUGUGUGGAUCCCAGGCUUCUGCAGGAGGCUCAUCAUGCCUUCAAACACAAGAUUCCAGAUGCCAAGCCAAUGACUAACCAGAAGAACAGCGGUCGGUGCUGGAUCUUUGCUUGUCUCAACGUUAUCAGGAUCCCCAUGAUGAAGAAAUUCAACGUGGAGGACCUAGAGUUCAGCCAGUCCUUCCUCUUCUUCUGGGACAAGGUCGAGAGGAUGAACUAUUUCCUCCACACCUUUGUGGAGGUCUUCCGCCGCGGCGAGCCAGUAGAGGGCAGGCUUGUCAGCUUCCUGCUUCAUGAUCCGACCUGCGACGGGGGCCAGUGGGACAUGCUGAUCAACCUGGUUGACAAGUACGGCCUGGUGCCCAAGAAGUGUUUCCCCGAGUCGCACACAUCCUGCGCCUCACGACGGAUGAAUCUCACUCUCAAGAGCAAGGUGCGGGGAUAUGCUAAAGAACUUCAAGCAAUGGUGCAUCGCAAAGCCACAGAUGAGGAAAUUAACAAAGAAAUCAAUAGGAUGGUUGGGGAGGUUUACCGUAUAUGCGCCAUAUGCUUAGGCACCCCUCCCUCUACCAUCACAUGGGAAUACCAUGACAAGAACAAAGCCUAUCACAAGAUUGGCCCCAUCACUCCUAAGGCAUUCUAUGAGGAAUACAUCAAACCAGUCUACGAUCUGCAAAAUAAGGUUUGCCUUGUCAAUGACCCACGGCCCAGCAGCCCGUACGGCAAGGCCUUAACCGUUGAGUUCCUAGGGAACAUGGUCGGUGGACGCAGGACCAUCUACAACAACCAGCCUGUGCAUGUACUCAAGAAACUCUCGCUAGAGAUGAUCAAAUCAGGAGAGCCUGUGUGGUUUGGCUGUGAUGUUGUUAAACAUUUCAGUGGCAAAACUGGGCAUCUCGACACGAGAAUACUCAACUACGACCUUGUAUUCGGCGUAUCGAUGCUGGAUCUGGACAAAUCCGACAGGCUGAUCUUUGGGGAAUCCCUCAUGACCCAUGCAAUGGCUCUAACGGGGGUCACCACCGAGGAACCAAAAGAGGGCGACACCACCAGUGACUGUACCACCAAGUGGAGGGUAGAGAACUCCUGGGGUGAAGACAGAGGGGAUAAAGGCUACCUGCUGAUGACAGACGACUGGUUCUCCGAGUUUGUCUACGAGGUCGUCGUGGACAAGAAGUUUGUGUCUCAGGAAGUCAUGGAGGUCUUUGAUCAGGAGCCGCAGGUUCUACCAGCAUGGGAUCCCAUGGGGGCGCUAGCAUAGAGGGCUAUGGCUUAGCAUAGAGGGCUAUGGCUUAGGCCAUGUCAGAAUCAGAUAGUUAUGGCUGUGGCUUCUGUUUUUGCCAUUGGCGUGCUAUGGUGAAAAGCCAUAGUCAUUGAUAACAAUGUCUGUUUCAGUGAAUAGCCGUAGAUAUAGACAAUCAGACCCAUUUCAAACUAAUAGAAGUAGAGUAGUGGCUCCAUUAUCUUUCAGCUGGGGGCGACAGGUGUAGCCCCAUCCCUACCUCCCCCUUCACCCAUCGAGUACUCCAUUUAGCCCCUCGGUAUAAUUAUACUUCUAUAACAUGUUUUUCUAUAAAAUGCGUGAUAUCCAUUUUUUUUAUGGAAAUAUUGGCCAAAAAAUAUGUUGCCCAAGCUUAUUUCCCAAAUUCUUUUAUCUCAUAGUAAAAUUUACUCAAAUUCCAAACAACAAAAAUCAAGGUCCUGCAAAUUUGAUUCUUUUUACAUCCACGCACCCACAAAUGUUGGUCUCCAACACCUUCCUGGGGCCAAUUUCAAAGAGCGGCUUAAGCACAAAAUUUGCUUAAGCAC